AAUAUCUACGGAUUGUUUCUUGCACGUUAGUUGGGAGAUUGUAGACUUUUUGUUUCACACAGAGAAUACAAAUCUGACAAGAUGGCAAGCUGCAAUUUUCAGGCGCAGUUGGUAUCCAUUAUGGAGGUAUUAGCUAAAGCAGCUGUAGCAGAAAUAAACAAACGGGUUGAUGAUAGCUGUGCAGUUAUACGUUUGGAAAUGACCCAAAGCCAGCGAGAUAUUGAUGGACUGAAAAGGAAGUGUCAAAUGAUGGAGGGCGAGCUGAAGAAGACACGAGUCAGGAGAAAAGAGAGAUCUUCAUAUCCAGUCAAGAUUGUUUUGAAAAAGCAGAGGAGUAACUCCCAGUGGAGCGACGAAGAGAUUGCUGUUGAAGAGGACUCUCAACCCCAGCCUACAGAUGUGGAGCAGAGAGCAGAGACUGAACCCAUACUGAUCAAAGAUGAGGAGACAGCAGAGGAUGUGUGGAAGACUGACCCUCAGGAAGAGCUCAGGAUCACUGGAGCGGAGUCUGGUUCCAAGGCUGGACAACCACCAUCCUUUGAGCAACGGCUCUGUGACGAGGACUUCAUCACACAACCCAACAUAUCUCCUGAAGACUCUGUGGAACAUUACCCCAAUUCUGAUGGUCCAGAGGAACCAGGCAUUCCCCGGCCUGCGUCUACAGACGUGUUCAGCACAGAGCAGCACGGGCCAGAUGAGGACUCACUAGAGCUAGUGAUGGUGAAGGAUGAGAAAAAGGAGGAGCUGGAUCAGACCACAGCCCUGGCAGGACUUGACCAGUUUGUCAUGGAUGAGACUGAUGGGCAGCUGUGGACCUCUGUGGAUCCAGGCAGACACACUGAUGGGCACCCAGAUUUCUCAUUUCAUGCCACAGAGGAGUACUCUCAGAAUAUAUCAAUUUUCCCAUCUCAUAGUGGGCUUCCAUCCCUUCCUACUAUGACAGAUGAUGGAGGGCCAUCACUUCACUCUAUAGGGAAACCACAUGCUGACAUGCUCAGUGCAGCAGCACACAUGAAAAGACAUGUCAGGACAUUGGCUGAUGAGAGUAGACAACAGAUGCCAGAAGGACAGAGCAGUGAGAUGCUGAACUCAAAUAAUGAUGGAAAUAGUUUAGCUCUACAGCCAAGGCAGCAUCAGCACAGGGCUUCAGAAGCAACAGUGAGAAUGAGUGAGUGCAUGACAGGGUCAAACAUGGCCACCACCUCCACCUUCUCUGGAUACAGCCUGAGUCGCAGUAGUUUUAACAUGGUGAAGAGAAUGAGGACUCAGUGGAGGUCGGGCGGCACCACUGAGAGGCGUUUCAGCUGCACCUUCUGUGGGAAGAGCUUCCAGCGUUUCAGCCAGCUCAAAGUACACCUCCGGAGUCACACCGGAGAGAAACCGUACACCUGCGAACAGUGUGGCAGGAGUUUCACCAAGCAGUGCAACCUGAUCAGACAUGCUGUGGUCCACAGCGGGGAGAAGCCCUACGAGUGCACACAGUGUGGGAAAUGCUUCACCCAGCGCUCCAGUAUGAAGUCACAUCAGAGAACUCACAUAGGAGAGAGUCCAGUGUCUCAAAAUGUGGUACCCGCAUACCCUGGGGAUCCACACACAAGUUUAAUGUUGUCUCAGACGAAAUGGAACAAGUAGAGCAUAAUUGUAUCGUUUUUCGGUAACAUUUUCUAUGUGAUAAUGUGGGCAGAAGUUAUUUUGAGACAUUUUGACACGCUUUUCCUCCCAAUUGAUUUGUGAACUGGUUUUCAUGUUUGACUGUUGACGGCUCGUCACUUUAAUUUUAACAAACAAUUGAUUUACUACUGGUAACAUCAAUCAUAAAAACCAUUCAAAUAUAUCAUAAACAUGUUAUAUGGAAUGUAUUUAAAGACAGUCAAUCUGCGCUUUUAGAUGAAUAACAUACUGUAUAUAGGAGCAAUUUUCGUAUGUGUUGUCUUGUUAGUGUUUGUCUUUCCGGGAUGUAAUUUCUUGCCACAUGGGACAGUCUCAUAUCAAGUCAGGUUAAUACCUUAACUUGAUUUCCUGAGUUACUGCUGCCUUAAAAUCUUACGUUAUAUCAACUCAGCUAGGCAAUCAAAUAUGUUUCAGUGUAAUAGCUUACGUCUUACAUGUACAGUACCAGUCAAUAUUUUGGACACCUGCUCAUUUCAAGGGUUUUUAUUUACUUUUACUA